UAAUAAUGAAACAUUUGGUGUUUACGUGGAAUACACCCAAUGCACUUUUUUAUCCUUUUAAGCAUAAAUAUCCCAACUAAAGCAGAAUGAUUGAAAUAACAGAUCUCCAAAAAAUUGGAAUCGGCUUGGCUGGCUUCGGCAUAUCGUUUUUAUUUCUUGGCAUGUUGCUUUUAUUUGACAAAGGCUUGCUUGCCAUUGGCAAUAUUCUCUUCAUAUCUGGCCUUGGCUGCGUCAUUGGCGUUGAGCGAACUCUUCGCUUUUUCUUUCAGCGCCACAAAGUCAAAGGGACAACAGCUUUUUUUGGUGGAAUUGUUAUUGUGUUGCUUGGAUUCCCCAUCAUUGGCAUGAUCAUUGAAUCCUAUGGAUUUUUCGCACUAUUCAGUGGCUUCUUCCCUGUAGCCAUCAAUUUCCUCGGCCGUGUGCCCAUAUUAGGAUCAUUAUUCAAUCUUCCGUUUAUGCAAAAGAUUGUUCAAAAACUUGGUGGCGAUGGGAAUCGGACAACUGUAUAAAAUUAAACCUUAUUUAGGAAGUAUUUGAAAUUAUACAAUAAUGUUGUAUAAAUUAAAUAAA